AUGUUUGUGAACGGUUUUCUCCUUGCAGCGAAUUUUUCCUGGUGUGCGUCCAUUGAAGAAUUGAAUACAUCUGAACUGAAGAAAGAGAUCAGUUGUCAAUCCUACUGCAACUGGAUUAGGACCACUAUAGAUAACACAAUAGCGAAAGAAAAUCUGCAAAGUGGGCGUUCCUGUGAAUUUCGUUACAAGAAACAAUUAAUUCGUAAUAAAGAACAUCUUCUUGAGAGGGGCACCUUUACACCUUGGAUUUGCUCCAUCUCAAUUUUUGACAACAAAGAAGAUGAAUGCACCACCCCAGAAUAUCAAUACUCGGACGAUCAAUGGAACAAUGUAGCAUUUGUCGUGAUUGGAAUAUAUCUCAUGUUGGUGAAUGUCAUCGUUCUCUCGGUCGGAAUACAUCAGAUGACGAAAAGGCUAGACAUCGAGAUCGAACAAUUGGAAAUACGAAAUCAAAGGGAACUGUUUGACAUCGCAUGUAUGUUGAUGCAUCGGGAGAUACGAUGUUUAGUUCGACAAAGCCUUGGACAAAGGUCGACCCGAUAUCAAUCUAUUGCAGAAGAUCACUAUGAAUUGAUACCGAUACCGAACGAUUAUGAAGCUCCUCUUCAAAUACCCUCAAUAUUGCCAGGAACGGAAUACCAAGCUGUUGCUCCAUACGAAAUGCGCAAGGAAGGUUGUGUUUGUAGGUAUUGCUUGGACCAAGCUGCUAAAGAUCACCCAAACAGCUUCCCAGAGAUAGAAGGAGCACAUGGUACAGUAAGGGAAUAUGAAAGCCUAGAAGGAGUUACCACAUACCUUGACGGAGCUACUUCAGAAAAAAAUACAAUUUAUUCUCUGCUCAAUAGAUCGCCUGAUGUUUCCUUGCUAGGUAGCGAAGGAAAAGCACACCUCAUUAAUGACCAUUCCCCAUCCACACGACGCCGUCGCUCUCGAAGAAGAAUGCACCGUGGAAGAAAACCCGGUUUUGACGAUUAUGAUGAUGGCGACUUUGAUCGUGAUUUGAUACCUCUGGAGCAGAUUAAGCAGAGACACGAAGAUACCGAAGAUGCAGAUUUCAUCUCACAAUUGUUAUCCAAUGUGAAAAGAGAAUCUACCACCGAUGUUUUCCCUGGUUUCAGUCUAUUCAAAAUCCCAGAAACAUUGCCUAAUUUUAAACGGAAGGAGGAAAAUGAAUCCAUCUGCCUUUCCGAAUUCAGUUUCUUGGAAGUAGAUUAUCAAGAAGAACUUAAUGAUAUCAUAGAUGCCGAAAACACUGAACCAGAGAAACUCAAUUUCAAUACUGAGAUGUUGAAGGAUGACGAAACAUACAAAACCAAAGAAGCAUCUAAAGAUGUGGUUCGAAUUUUACAUACAGAAAGCGGGGUAGAUGACAAACGUACGAGAACUACAACUGGAUUUUGUAUCGCAGAGGUGCAUUUCGAUGCCGGGAAUAGCGAAGGCGAAUCGAACACAUCUGAUUACUUACAACCAAUGUCAGAAAAUAGCAAGAAAAUUAAUUCACGCAAAAAUCAAACCCAUGUUAUCGAAGAGUUUUGAAUUGCAGAGGUAAACUAUAAUGUUGGACAUAUUGAAGGAAACUCAGAAUCAGGUAAAGAUAUCAAUGAAAAAGAUUCAGAGGAAACUCAAUGCAGUGCCAUUGGUAUGAAGAGAACCACCUAACUCUUGUUAUAAAGAAACACAUAACGACUUGGUAUACAGAGAACCAGCAAACACGUGAUAUACAGAGAACCAGCAAGCAUUUGAUAUACAGAGAACCAGCAAAUAUUUGAUAUACAGAAAUGAAAGUCAGCUUGAUAUAUAGUCUACAUCAAUAACUAUACAAAUCCAUUUAAGAAUUCAUUGUGCUUUAUGGGAAUAUUAUAUGAUUGUCAAACUUUUUAUUUUGCAUUUUUGUAUGUUUUGAAGCCAACAACACAUUACUGUGUGUUUUAAAAGCCAAGACUCGUACUCAUACGAAUCCAGGGUGUUUUUGGAAAAUUUUCGAGAAUUUGAAGUGUCGUUGUGAUCAAAGUAUUUAUUUUGAAUUACUAAAGACAUCUUUAUGAAUGAAAUGUUAAUAAAUAAGCUAUAAAUAUGCAAAAUCUUCAGUUGAUUUAAUGUUACAUUUUGUUGAUCCGCAUAUGCUAUGAACGUUUGACUUUUUGCUGUAAAUACUUUUUUAAAGAAAUAAUUGUACAUUCAAUUUACCGACAGAUGUAUAUUGCUUUUGCAACAUUUGCACAUAUAAUGUUGACUGGAAUUUAUUGGUUUCAUUUUUGUUUAUUUGUGUGGAGCUAUUGAUGCAUGCUUAUUCAUUAUAUCCAACGUUCAAUAUCACCGAUAUUGACCCACAAAGAUAUUAUUACUUCAAAAUAGCAGAUAUUACAAUAGAAGUGACUUCACUAGAAGUGGAGUAGACUGUACACACAUAUGUUGCUUACCCACCAACCAGAGUCAGUUUGAGACAUCAUGAAGCAUUUACCAAGACAUUUGCGUCGUUGAAAUAGAUGAAUAGUCUUUUGCCUUCAAAACAAAAAUAAUCUAUUGAGGAUGGGAACUACGCAAACACUAGAAACAUUCUUAGGUUCCCCAGGCCCAUGGAUGUUCCGCCCACUGGCCUGAGAUGACAUACUGCCAUCAUCGUCACUGCAUGCGCUCAAUAUACUGAAGAAGAUAAUGCCUUGUGAACGUAUGGAUUUGAUGCUUGGAAUUUUUAAGAUAACAACAUCAACAAGUAUCUCCCAUUUAUCUAACUGUCCUUUAUAUUUUGAUUUAAUUACUUGUUACAUUCGCCUGUUUGCAUUAUUUACAUUUUGAAGUCCAUGUGCUUGUGCUUUUUUUCUGUAUACGAGAUAUGUUGCUGAUGUAUUUUUUAAAGGAUGUCAGCCAUUACGACAGUGUAUUCUUCCUCCUUAAGAAAUGUUCUUAGUACAUAUGUUUGCUUAUUUAAUGGUUUGGCAUUCUCGUGCUGUGUAAAUUUGAAGUUUUCUAUCCCAUGAUGCCUGUAUUCACAGGAAGGGUUUGAAGUUUUACAUGGGGAUUUAUAAGAAGGUUCACUGAAAUAUUUCUGUUUAAGAAACUUUCCAUGAUAUUUUUCAAAAUAAAAAUUUAUGCAAAGAUCAUAAUUUACGGUAAAUUGAAUAGUAUCAAAAUGAUGUCCACAAAGAUUAUAGCGGGGUGAUAGGACUUAGAUCAUUAUCGAGAAUUUAUGUUUGAUAUAAAAAGUAAGUCGGAUGAGCAACGUGGACCAUAUAUAUCUCAAUAUAUGAUACUUUGUAUUCCUUCUUCAAAUUAUCAUUAUUAAUAUUUGUAUUAUUAUUACUCAUAUUAUUAUUAUUAUCAAUGCAAUUAUAAUCAUUAUUGCUACUAUGUAUUAUUAUUACAUAUUUUAUUAUUUUGGAUUGCAAUUAUUAUCAUUAUUGCUUAUUUUAUUAUUUUAUUUUUAUUAUUAUGAAUCGUUAUGACAUGUUUAAUCAUUUAGAAAAAAUAUAUCAUUAUUAUUAUUGCUAUAUUUAAUCAUUAAUUAUUUUUGAAAAAUGUCGAAUAUUUAGCAUCGUAUAUUUAAUAAAGA